AUGUGGCUCUCCUGGCUGAUUCCCGCCACGGGAGGAGUCCUCUUCGUGAACAAGGUCAUUGGGAAGCUUUCCAGGCAAAAGCAGAAUCGAGUGAAGGGAGAAGCACAUCUGGAGACACAGAGAACCAAUGAGAAGAUAUUAGCCAGUGUUACUGAGGACAGCAAGAGGCUGUUGGCUAUCGCCGACUCUGUGUUCACGAAAGUCAGUGGGGACCUCCUGAAUGGCACCAUUUUAGUUGGACAACUGGAGCUCAUCACGAAGUGCACAGAUCGGUUUCUGGAAAUCUGGCAGAUAAAGAGAAAAGGUCUUUUACCCCAAGAGAAAAAGCACAACAUGAAGGAAGUGCUGGACUGGAGAAAGGAUGAGCUGAAAUUUCUGAAGAGAGAGAAGACAUGUGUGGACAGUCUCCUGAGGUUGUGUGAGCAGGUGAAACAUCUGAUAAAAGUGGAUGUGGAAGAGAUGGCAGAAAGACACUUGGAAGAUCUCGGCAGUAAAAGACUGAGGGACGCCGUGACAGUGAGGUUGUCACCCAGCUCCCCGGACGUGAAGAGGACAACGCAUUACAACCUGAGCCCCCAAGUCCAGGAGAUGGCCGAAAAGGUGGAGCAGCUAAAGGAGAGCCACAUCUUCCAGGUCUUCUGGGAAGACGCCGCAAAAGUGCUGAGUGAGCCCGAGGAAGAGCUGGAAAGGCAGAUUUUUCAGCCUGAGAAGGCCUAUGGAUAUCUGUUUCUCCCUUGUUUCGAGAGGUUUAUGAAACUAUAUGAGGAUCUGAGGUCAGGAGAGAUCACCUUUCAGGAGGUCGACACCACCUUCAAGGACUUUGUGAAUAACUAUAGCCACCUCGACACCGAACUCCAUCUUAUGUGUGUCCUGGACCCCAGCGACCAACGGGACUGGAUCAGGGAUCGCGUUGGGCAGAUCAGGGAGUACCAUCACCUGAACCAGGCUGUCAGCUCAGCCAAGGUCAUCUUGAAGGUCAAGGAGAAUUUGGGCCUGACCGGUGACUUUGGUGUUCUGCACACUUUAUUAAACUUUACUGACAACUUUGAUGUCUAUCACCAUGAGAAGCUGGAGCGGAUCAGCAAGCAGCUUAUCCAUGCCAACAAGCUGCUGCAGGACAUCAGUGAGACCCGGUCCCAGUGUCUGAGUGAGCUGUCCCUGAGCAAGGAGUUCAUCAGCUGGGUCCGGGAGGCUCUCGGAGGCAUCAACGAGCUGAAGGUAUUUGUGGACCUGGCCUCUAUCUCCGCGGGGGAGAAUGACAUCGACGUGGACCGGGUGGCCUGUUUCCACGACGCCGUGCAGGGCUAUGCAUCGCUGCUGUAUAAGCUGGAUGUGAGUGCAGGAUUUGACGAGUUCAUGAUGCAUCUCGAAGAACUGUGGAAGGCCCUGGAGAAUGACCUGCACCUGCCCUAUAAACUGCGUGACUCUGCCAGGAACUUGGAGUGGCUGAAAACUGUGAAGGAAAGUCACGGGUCAGUAGAACUCUCUUCCCUGUCAUUGGCAACGGCCAUCAAUGACAAAGGCAUCUAUGAGAUCCGGGCCCCCAAGGAUGGCCAAAAGAUCUCCCCAGACACGGUUCUGCAGUUGCUCCUGCCCGAGAGCCAUGGAGGCCGUGAGGAGGUGCGAGUCUACUCUUUGGAAGACCUCAGGGAGCUUUUGAACAAAUUGAUGCUGAUGUCUGGCAAGAAAGAUCACAGCAACGUUCAAGUAGAGGUAUUUUCCAAGGUGUUCUGCAAUGUGCAGAGGCUUGUCCAAGCUUUCAUCAACCUUUACUGUGCUGGAAACAUGCUGUUCAGGGCCUGGCAUGCCAAGGUGUACUGCUCCCCCUGGCAAGGCGUCUCCGUUUGGAUGGACUUCGGCUUGGAGCCCAUAAGCCCGCUCAAGGGCAGUUGCCCAGUGGCCGAGCUGUUGGAGGCCAUCAGCAGGCAGAUGGAGCACUUCCUGGACCACUGGAAGGGCUUCGUGGCAGAGAAGCGGGCCAAGCACUUUUAUCUCAACUACUACACCGCCGAGCAGCUGGUGUACCUGAGCACAGAGCUCAAGAGACAGCCGCCCAGCAACGCUGCUCUCACCAUGCUGUCCUUCAUCAAAGGCAACUGCACCCCGAAGGACGUCGCGAAGGCCCUCGAGGGGCCCGACAGUGAGGCUGCCGGGCAGCACGAGAGCGCGGUGGUCGAGGGGCUGCGGCUGAUGCUCCUGCAUGAGUUGAGCCUGGAGGGCAAGCUGAGGGCCGUCAUGGAGCAGUCGAUGGCGUGCAUGAGCGCCUUCCUGCCUCACUGCCUGGACCUGGAGACCCUCGGCCGCUGUCUGGCCCUGCUGGGCUGGAUGAGCGGACGUCCUGUGGAGCGGCUCCUCCCCAGCGGCCUGCAUGCCGGCCAGCCCAACCUCCUCGUCUGUGGCCACUCUGAGGUGCUGUCGGCUGCCCUGGCCAUCUACAUGCAAACCCCGCACCAGCCGCUGCCCACCUUCGACGAGGUGCUGCUCUGCACCCCGGGAACCACGUUUGAGGAAGUGGCACUGCUCCUGCUCCGUUGCCUGACCCCAGGCUCCCGGGGACAGGGGCUCUACAGCCUGCUGUACGCAGACCUGCUGAGCUACGAGGUGGCCUGCCAGGUGGAGGCGCUCUUCCUGAGCCUGUGCUCGAAGCUGCACCAUGAGGACUUCCAGCUGGUGAUGAUCUGUGACUCCGAGCGGGAACAUUGCCACCUGCCCUCGGCCUUCAGCCAGUACAAGGUCCUCGUCACCCCCCAGGCGCCCCUCCAGGACAUCCGGGCCUACCUGGCUCGGCAUUUCCAGGCCCCCGAGCACACGCCAUCGGCUGCCGACGUGUUCCGGGACCGGAUGUGCGUGGGGAUCGUGGCCUCCAAGCGAGCGGGCGUUGGAAAGUCUCUCUAUGUGGAGAGAUUACAUGGAAAACUGAAAAUGAAGCUUAGAGGCAAAAAAGUGCCCCUAAAGGUGAUCCGACUAAUCGACCCUCAGGUGGAUGAGAGCCAGGUUCUGCACGCCCUCCUGCCUUUCCUGGAGGCUGACGGCCGGACGAGACCCACGAUCUUCCACUUCGAUGUGACCUCUUCAGUGCAGACUGGACUUUGGGUGUUCAUUUUCAAACUCCUCAUUCUCCGGUACCUAAUGGAUGUAAAUGGCAAAAUGUGGUUUCGGAACUCAUGCCAUUUAUACAUCAUUGAAAUCCUGGAAAGGGCUCCAGCGCUGCCCAAGAGGCCUUCAAGACAGAGUACACACACCCCCCACUUCAGUUUUCUCGAUGUCUUCCCAAAAGUCACCUGCCGGCCUCCCAAAGAAGUGAUAGACAUGGAGCUGAAUCCUAAAGAGAACUACAGCGAUCCAGGGAUGGAUCAGAGAGUGUUCUGCAGCGAGACUUUCCAGAGGCCUUACCAAUAUUUGAAACGGUUCCAUGAGAAACAAAACCUAGACACGUUUCGGUACCAGGAAGGCUCCGUGGAAGGCACCCCUGGGGAAUGCCUCCAGUAUUUCCUAAUUUACUGCGGGUUGAUAAAUCCGUCCUGGUCAGAGCUACGGAACUUUGCUGGGUUCCUGAAUUAUCAGCUUAGAGAUUGUGAGGCCUCCCUCUUCUGUAACCCAGACGUGAUUGGAGACACACUGCAAGGCUUCAAGAACUUUGUGGUCACCUUCAUGAUCUUCAUGGCAAGAGAUUUCGCCACACCGACACUUCAUACAUCCGAUCAAAGCCCAGGGAGGCACACCGUCACCAUGGACGGGGUCAGGGAAGAAGACCUAGCCCCUUUCACUCUCCGGAAGAGAUGGGAGUCAGAGCCUCACCCGUAUGUGUUCUUCAAUGGUGACCACACGUCCAUGACCUUCAUAGGCUUCCACAUCCAGCCCAAUGGGAGUGGCAGCCUUGACGCCGUCGAUCUCUCCGGUGGGAGGGUGAUCAAGAAAGAUGUCAUGGGAAUGGAACUGUACCGGGGGCUGUUGCUCCAGAAGGUGCCCUUCAAUGUUGACUUUGAUAAGCUGCCCAGACAUGAGAAACUUGUAAAGCUCUGCCUGGCAUUGGGGAUCCAGUGGCCCAUGGACCCUGAUGAAACUUACGAGCUCACAAUGGACAAUAUGCUGAAGAUCCUUGCCAUUGAGAUGCGGUUCCGGUGUGGGAUCCCCGUCAUCAUCAUGGGAGAGACUGGCUGCGGGAAAACCAGGCUCAUUAAAUUCCUCAGCGACCUGCGACGCGGGGGUACCAAAGCUAAAACCAUGAAGCUGGUCAAGGUCCAUGGAGGAACCACUGCAGAGAUGAUCUACUCCAAAGUCCGGGAGGCAGAGAAACUUGCUCUCUUCAAUAAGGACCGACAUCAGCUGGACACCAUCUUGUUCUUCGAUGAAGCCAAUACAACCGAAGCCAUAAGCUGUAUCAAGGAAGUCCUGUGCGAUCGUACAGUGGGCGGCCGGCCCCUGGCCAAAGACUCGGGCCUGCAUAUCAUAGCGGCGUGCAACCCUUACCGGAAGCACUCACAGGGGAUGAUCUGCCGUUUGGAGUCGGCCGGUUUGGGGUACAGGGUCAAUGCCGAGGACACGGCGGAGAGGCUUGGCUCCAUCCCCCUGAGGCAGCUGGUGUACCGAGUGCAUGCUCUGCCACCCAGCCUGAUCCCACUGGUGUGGGAUUUCGGACAGCUGAAUAACACCGCCGAAAAGCUCUACAUCCAGCAGAUUGUGCAGAGGCUGGUGGACUCCAUCGGUAUAGAUGAAGACGAGACUCGCAUGAUCACAGAAGUGCUUUCUGCCUCUCAGGGUUUCAUGAGGACGACAGUAAACGAGUGCAGCUUUGUCAGCCUCAGGGACGUGGAGCGCUGCGUCCAAGUGUUCAAAUGGUUUUACAGCCACAGUAGGAUGCUCCUGUCAAAGCUGGAUUCCUUUCUCCAGGAGUCCCACGUCAGCAAAAACAACUUGGAGAGAGAUCCUGUCCUCUGGUCCCUGGUGCUAGCCCUCGGGGUGUGCUAUCAUGCCUCUUUGGAACAGAAGGAGUCAUACUGGAGAGACAUUUGCAGGCUCUUUCCAGAACCAUAUAAUGACAGCAAGGUUAUUCUGGAGGAGAUAACUCAAACACAGGGUCUUUUUCUAAAUGGUGUGUCUUUAAGGAAAACCAUUGCUAAGAACUCAGCUUUGAAGGAGAAUGUCUUCAUGAUGGUUAUCUGCAUUGAGCUGAAGAUUCCCCUCUUCCUGGUGGGGAAGCCCGGCAGCUCCAAAUCUCUCGCCAAGACCAUCGUGGCAGAUGCCAUGCAAGGCCCGGCAGCUCACUCGGACCUCUUCCGGAGCCUGAAGCAGGUCCAUCUGGUAUCAUUCCAGUGCAGCCCACACUCUACCCCCCAAGGCAUCAUAAGCACCUUCAGACAGUGUGCCCGCUUCCAGCAGGGGAAGGACCUACAGCAGUACGUCUCUGUGGUGGUGUUGGAUGAGGUUGGACUGGCGGAAGACUCGCCUAAAAUGCCCCUGAAGGCUCUGCACCCGCUGUUGGAAUACGGAUGCAUUGAAGAUGAUCCUGCCCCCCACAAAAAGGUUGGCUUCAUAGGCAUUUCCAAUUGGGCCCUGGACCCUGCCAAGAUGAACCGGGGUAUUUUUGUGUCACGCGGCAGUCCCAACAAGAAAGAGCUCAUAGAGAGUGCUAAGGGGAUUUGCUCUUCAGAGCCCCUAGUUCAACAAAGAGUCCAAGGGUACUUUGCACCCUUUGCCAGAGCCUAUGAAACAGUGUGUCAGAAGCAAGACAAGGAAUUCUUUGGGCUUCGUGACUACUAUAGCCUAAUCAAAAUGGUCUUCGCCAAGGCAAAGGCUUCUAAUAGAGAGCCCUACCCACGAGAUAUUGCACAAGCUGUCCUUCGGAACUUCAGUGGCAAAGAUGACAUCCAUGCUCUGGAGAUUUUUACAGCCAAUUUACCUGAGGCGAAGUGCUCAGAAGAAGUCAGCACCAUGCAGCUGAUCCAGCAGAACAUGUACAGUGACCUUCAGAAGGUGUCAGGCAAGGAGCUGGAUGACUCUGAGUCCCGCUACCUGCUUGUGCUGACCAGAAACUACUCGGCCCUGCAGGUCCUGCAGCAGACGUUCUUCAGGGAGCACCAGCAGCCAGAGAUCAUUUUCGGUUCCAGCUUUCCCAGGGACCAAGAGUACACCCAGGUCUGCAGAAAUAUCAACCGAGUGAAGAUCUGCAUGGAAACUGGCAAGAUGGUGGUGCUGCUCAACCUACAGAGCCUCUACGAGAGCCUCUACGAUGCGCUCAAUCAGUACUAUGUCUACCUCGGAGGCCAGAAGUACGUGGACCUUGGUCUGGGGACCCAUCGGGUCAAAUGUCGGGUUCACCCAGACUUCCGCUUGAUAGUCAUUGAAGAGAAAGACGUUGUCUACAAACAUUUUCCCAUCCCUCUCAUUAACCGGCUGGAGAAACACUAUCUGGAUAUCAACACCGUUUUGGAGAAGUGGCAGAAAAAUAUCGUAGAAGAGCUCAAGAGCUGGGUGGAGAGAUUUGUAGAUGUGAAAGCAGAGCAGUUUGUAGCCAGACACAAAUACAGCCCUUCUGAAGUCUUCAUUGGCUACCACCCGGACGCGUGUGCCUCUGUGGUGCUCCAGGUCAGCGAGAGGCGGGGUCGCAGCCCCUUGACCGAGGAGCUGUACCAGGAGGUGUCCGAGGAGGCCAAGUUGCUGCUCCUGGGUUGUUCCACGCCGGACGCGGUGGUUCGGCUGGGUGCCACCUCCCUGGGCCUGUUUGCCGUGCAGUCCCUGUCGCAGGAAUACUACCACAGACAGCAGCAUGACUCCUUUGCAGACUUCCUCCAGGCUCAGCUUCGCACCGUGGAUCUGGAACGCCGUGUCGUCUUCACAGAGAUCACCACUUUCUCCAGACUGCUGACCAGCCGUGACUGUAAAAGUUUGGAAUCAGAAGUAAUGGAUGGAGCUCUGAGGCCCACAGUCCUGUCUCUGCAGCAGUUUGACACCGAGAGCUCAUUCCUCAGAGAAGUCCAAAAAUGCUUAACUAACAUAGCCAGAUGUAAAAUCCUUAUUAUUCAAACGGAUUUUGAAGAUGGAGUCCGUAGUGCUCAGCUCAUCGCUUCGGCUAAGUAUUCUGUCAUAAAUGAAAUCAACAAGAUGCAAGGCAAUAAGGAUUGCAUCUUGGUCUAUUUUAUCACAAAACUGUCCCGGAUGGGAAGUGGAGCAUCCUACGUGGGAUUCCAUGGAGGGCUGUGGCAGUCUGUGCACAUUGACGAUCUCCGGAAGUCCACGGUCAUGGUUUCAGACGUGACUAAGUUUCAGGAUGUGGCCAUCAGCCAGCUCUUUAAGCCAGAAGAGAACCCUGAGUCGGAGACAGGAAGCGGGGCCGGAGACGGCCGGGAGGAGGCAGAGGAAACCCAGGCUGCAGGGUCAGGGGAGGCGGCAGAGGCGGGCUUGGGAACCGAAGGCUCUGAGCGAGGCAGGAGUAAUAUUGUGGACACCACCAGCCUGCUGCAGAGCUGCAUACAGGGUGCCGUGGGCAUGCUCAGGGACCAGGAGGGCCGCCCGCGCGGCACGCGGAGAGUGGAGAUUCUUCUCGGCCUCUUGAAUGAGGAUGACGCGGAGAAAGCCGCUUUCCUGCGGGUGUGCAAGGCGCGCCUCUGUGCUCUCCUCGAGCAGCGGGAGGAGAACGGCUUCUUCAACGUGAAGGCGUGGGUGUCGAGGGAAGCUUUGAAUCAGGACGCUCUCCAGGAGGCAGGCACAUUCAGGCAGACCCUCUGGAAGCGGGUCCAGGGUGUGGUGACCCCUCUCCUGGCGAGCAUGGUAUCUGUCCUGGACAGAGACAGCAACCUCGAGCUACUGAUCAGGCCAGACUCUCCAUCUUGGACAAGAGAUCUUUGGAUGUUUAUUUUCCGGGACAUGAAGCUUCUGAACAUUCCUCUUGUGAUAAACGAUACGAGACCUAAAAGUGAGAUGCCCUACAUCACGGUGCAGAACUACAUGAGCCCUCCCGAGGACGUGUCCGGUGACGUCCCAUUUAGCUGGAGAAUCAAGGACUAUCUGGAGGAACUGUGGGUCCAGGCUCAGUACAUCACUGGAGCUGAAGGAGUGUCGAAGAAUUUAGUGGAAAUCUUUCGGCAGACCCCCCUGGGCAGGUUUCUUGCUCAGCUCAGUGUAGAAUGGCAGCGAGAACUGUUUAUGUGCUACAUUAAGGACUUUCUCCUCUUGACGAUGAGAGUGUCCACGUGGGAAGAACUGAAGGUUUUGCAGGUGGCACUGGGGUCCUGCAUCAAUCAAGUGCAGGCAGGGAGGCCAGAGGAAGAUGUCUCCUUACCGUGGGUGCACCUCGCUUAUCAGCACUUCAGGGGCCGGCUGCAGAACUUGUCCAGAAUCUUGACUGUCUACCCCGAGAUUCUACAAGUGCUAUUUUACAACAUAACAGAAGGCCCAUGGAACACCAGAUUGGACGGACAUGAGCUGAUCCUGGAUGCCCUGGCAGCAGUGGCCUGCACGGAGGUGCUGACGAGGGACAUCCUGCAGCCCAGCCCUCAGGCGUGGCUGCACAUGGUGAAGAAUCUGUCCAUGCCGCUGGAGCUCCUGGGCUCUGACGGGUACCUGCCCAGCUGCGGGAGGGUGGCCAGAGAUGUCAUCAGGGAAGUCAGAACCCAUUGGAACCGCAUUUUCCCCGUGGCCCUUUUUGUGGAACACGUGCUCCUGGGGGUCGAGAGCCAGAUUCCUGAGCUGCAGGCGCUGGUGACUAAGUAUGUCUUCCUGCUGAACAAGUGUCUGCAGGACGACUCUGACAUCAAGACAUACAGGCCUUUCGUCGCAGUGAUGAGCACUCUACGUAAGUGCAAGGACCAGGCCAGCAAGACCCUCGCCAGGGUUGAGAUUGAGCCGUGCCCUGUCUGCCUGGGAGAUGCCCAGGAUCCGGUCUGCCUGCCCUGUGACCAUGUGUUCUGCUUGAGCUGCAUCAAGGUCUGGCUCACCCUAGGGCAGAUGAGAUGCCCCUUUUGUUUAACAGACUUGCCAGAAGACUACUCUCUAACCGUGUCCCAGGAGCACAGGGAGGCCAUCGAGAAACACGCCUGUGUCCGACAGCUGUGCAACAGUUUCUUCCUGGACCUGGUCUCCACCGUGUGCUUCAGAGAUAAUUCUCCACCACAGAAGGAGGUGAUCGAUGUUCUGCUAAAGUUACUCUUUGUGCAAAAGGAGCUUUUAAGAGACACUUCCCAAAGACACCGUGAACACACCAAAUCCCUCUCUCCGUUCGAUGACGUUGUGGAUAAGACCCCUGUCAUCCGCUCGGUGGUCCUGAAACUUCUGUUGAAGUACAGCUUCCAGGAAGUAAAAGAUUAUAUCCAGGCUUACUUGUCCCUGUUGGAGGAGAAGGCCCUGGUAACUGAAGACAAAACCGAGCUGUACAUCCUCUUCAUCAGCUGCCUGGAGGAUUCACUGUACAAGAAGACUAGUGCUCUGUCUACCAGCGAGGAGCUGACGUACCUGAGGGAGGAAGGGGUCUUCCUGAGGACCUACUUGGGGCGGCGCAGCUCGGAGCCGGCCAGCGAGGCGUCGGUGGAGUACCUGCAGGAGAUGGCCAGGAUCCGCCUGUGUCUCAACAGGGCUUCUGACUUCCUCGGCGAGCUUCAGGAGGGCUCAGGCUCUGCAGAACUGGUCAGGGAGAAGCAGGGCUACCUGCAGCAGGUGGAGCGCUUCUGCAGGCAAGGGAGGAACGACUGGUACCGAGUGUACCUGGUGAGGAAGCUCGCCAGCCAGCGAGGGAUGGAGUUUGUGCAGCGUCUCUGCAGACAGGGCCAGCCGGCGCAGUGGGUGCUCCCCCAGGAGGCUGUGGUACAGCAGGAGGAUCAUCCAAGCCAGAUGGACCCAUACCUGGUGCAUGGUGAUGAAUAUAAGGCUCUUCGUGAUGCAGUGGGCAAAGCUGUCCUUGAGUGCAAGUCCCUGGCUACUGUGGCUGGUCCAAAGGUCUGUAGGAACCCCGGCCCUCGGCAGGCGGCCCACUUACUGUUAGUGCUGUUCAGAGAGGUUGCUACUUUGUACCGAUUGCGAGACACAAACCUCCAUCCUAAGCCAGAGCAAUGUGAGGCUCUGAACAGGUUCAUCGAGGAAAGCAAGGUCCUGUCUUCUCCAGACAUGAGACAUUUUGCAACAUCCCUUGUGACCAACACGCUGCCCCUGCUGAGGAUGGGUGCCGGGGACAGCAGCCUCGAGGGCACAGUGGCAGAACUGGCUAUUCACGCUGCGAUUGUCCUCCUGUGUGGACACAGCGAAGUCUUGGAACCCCUGCAGAAUCUGGCCUUCUCCCCGGCCGACAUGGUGAGUGCUUAUCUUCCAACGAUGCCCGAAGACUUGCUGGCUCAAGCUCGGAACUGGAAGGGUCUGGAAGGAGUCCGCUGGUACAGAUGUCCCAAUGGUCACCCGUGCUCUGUGGGAGAGUGCGGCAGGCCAAUGGAACAGAGCCAUUGUGUUGACUGCGGUGCCCUAAUUGGAGGGAUUAAUCACAGACCUGAGACUGGAUUUCAGGUUAUCAAUAACGACAGAGACAGAACGCAGACUGGCCACGUGCUGGGAGCCCCACUGUCCAGAGGCAAAGCGGUGGUGGUCUCUGACCGAAAGCUGUCCCCAGUGGUCUUCCUGCUCAUCCGGUUGCUCACUCACCUGGCCCUGCUCCUGGGAGCCGCCCAGAGUCCUCAGGCUCUCAGGGACAUCAUCAAGCCUCUGGUGCAGGAUCCCAGAGGCUUUCUGCAGGAGCACAUCCACAGUGACCUGCAGCAGCUGAUGAAGACGCUGGGAAAGAGUGCCGACGAGACCACCACCGUGGUGCACCUCGUGCUGUGCAGCUUCCUCCGAGGGCAGCACCACCCCUCCCGCUGGAUUUGCUGCGUGGAAAAGUAG